CUAUUAAUAUAUACAAUGAUCUGGAUACUUCAAGUGUUGUUCUCACCGCUCCCAACACCAGCAUUGAUCAGUCUCAUUGCAUUUGGAGCUGUCAUCUUUCUGUGGGUGAUAAGCAGGCCAAAACCCCUUUUACCUCCUGUUGACUUGAACAAGCAGUCGAUAGGAAUUGAGGGAGGAGCCAGAAGAGCUGCACUCUUGACAGAUAAUAACCUGCUUUCUUAUUACUUUGAAGAUGCUAAAACCCUGUAUGAAGUUUUCCAGAGAGGAGUGAGUAUUUCUGGAAAUGGUGACUGUCUAGGCUACAGGAAACCCAAGCAACCUUAUCAGUGGCUGACAUAUAAACAGGUUUCAGACAGAACUAAAUACCUGGGAUCGGGACUCCUGCAAAAAGGAUGCCAACCAUCAUCAAGCCAGUAUAUUGGCAUUUUUGCUCAGAAUAGGCCAGAGUGGAUCAUUUCAGAAUAUGCCUGCUACACCUACUCAAUGGUUGCUGUUCCACUCUACGACACUCUGGGACCAGAGGCCAUUGUAUAUAUUGUUAACAAAGCUGACAUAAGCGUGGUGAUCUGUGACACGCCUGCAAAGGCAGAGGUCUUGCUUAAGAACUGUGAGGACAAAAAGACCCCAUGUCUGAAGAUUAUUGUUCUCAUGGAUCUCUUUGAUAAAGAGCUCAAGGACAGAGGAGCUAAAGUGGGAAUUGAAAUUCUGUCACUGCAGGAGGUUGAGGAGCUGGGAAAAAACAACAUCAGAGAACCAGUUCCUCCUAGGCCCGAAGAUCUUUCUGUUGUGUGUUUUACAAGUGGAACCACAGGUAACCCUAAAGGAGCCAUGCUGACACAUCAGAAUGUUGUUUCAAAUGCUGCUGCCUUCCUUAGAUGCACAGAGAACACAAUUGAGUGUACAAGUUCAGAUGUUGUCAUUUCCUAUCUUCCUCUGGCUCACAUGUUUGAGAGAGUUGUGCAGACUGUGGUAUACAGUUGUGGAGCAAAAGUUGGCUUCUUCCAAGGAGAUAUCAAGCUGCUAACAGAUGACAUGAAAACCUUGAAGCCAACGCUAUUUCCAGUUGUACCAAGACUGCUCAACAGAGUCUAUGACAAGAUCCAGAGUGGUGCAAACACCCCACUAAAGAAUUUCCUGUUAAAAUUUGCUGUGUUUAUGAAGACAGCUGAAAUAAAACAGGGCAUCAUUCGAAAUGACAGCAUUUGGGACAAGCUAAUCUUCAAAAAAGUUCAGGAAACCAUGGGUGGAAGAGUGCGUAUCAUGGUGACAGGUGCAGCCCCUAUAUCUCCCUCUGUCCUGACAUUUCUUAGAGCAGCAUUAGGCUGUCAGAUCUUUGAAGCUUAUGGCCAGACUGAAUGCUCAGCUGGAUCCACUUUCUCAAUGCCUGGAGACUGGACAACAGGCCAUGUUGGGGCUCCUCUGGCUUGUAAUAUCAUAAAACUAGAUGAUGUGGAAGAAAUGAGCUACUUCUCUUCUAACAAUGAAGGCGAGGUCUGCAUUAAAGGACCAAAUGUGUUCAAGGGUUAUCUGAAAGAUCCUGAGAAGACAGCAGAAGCAAUUGAUAAAGAUGGCUGGCUCCACACUGGAGACAUAGGGAAGUGGUUGCCAAAUGGAACGCUGAAGAUCAUUGACAGGAAGAAGAAUAUAUUUAAACUUGCACAAGGAGAAUACAUUGCUCCAGAGAAGAUAGAAAAUGUCUAUAUCAGAAGUGCUCCUGUAGCCCAGGUCUUUGUACAUGGGGAAAGUCUGAGGUCUUUUCUAAUAGGUAUAGUGGUUCCUGAUGCUGAGAUGCUUCCAGAAUUUGCAGCAAAACUGGGAGUCAAAGGUUCCUUUGAAGAGCUCUGCAAAAACCCUGUGAUGAAGAAAGCUAUUUUAGAUGAUAUGAUCCAACUGGGGAGAGAGGCUGGCCUUAAAUCCUUUGAACAAGUUAAAGACCUGUACAUCCACACAGAGUUGUUUUCUGUAGAAAAUGGACUCUUGACGCCAACACUGAAGGCAAAGCGAGGAGAUGUUGUUAAAUUCUUCCAGAAGGAGAUUGAGGCCCUCUAUUCAUCUACUCAGGAGUAAAUAACCAGUUUAACUCAAACUGCAUGGAGUAGUUAAAUCAGUGACACUACAUGGCCUAUGGUGAAGACAGGCUUGA